AUGAAUAAGAAGUCGAGUCAAGAGCAGUCCCUAAGUGGGCUUUCUCUGGUUUGCGAAGGGAGCUCGAUCUCGACCCUGACCCUCGACAUGCUACCGUCGAAUGCCUCGGGGAAGAAAGAAGCCUUAUCGUCUCCGCAGAAGACUUCAUCGUCGGUCCCUUCUACCUCUUCAUUUGAAAAGAACAUCAAAGACCUGUCCUCAACCCCGCCGACUGAGAGUAUCGUCGGCGCAGCGGGCCCCCCGACAGAGAAGCAUGCGGCAACCAGGGGUGUAGCCCCUAGACGACCAAUUCGGAGCCGAGGCUAUAGCCUCGACCGAUAUCUAAACACACCGGAGACACAUGAACAGAUCGCCGUGGAAAUGUCGAUGGAGAGUGACCAGCCAGAGGGAAGCACGGCGACAGAGCGGACCGGAGAGAAGAAACCGGGUAAGACAGGGGGGAACAAGGACAAGUGA